AUGAAUAACCAGAAAUGUGACCUUCCAGAUACACUGGACUGCUCCAUUCCUCAACCAACAGAUGCGAUCACACCUGAAGAGAGAGAGGAGCUGAAGGUCUCAGUCAAGCUCUUCCUGUGUGAGUCGGCUGAGUCUUCCAUCAAAGAUGCCGUGGAAAUGGCCUGUCAGACAUUGGCUGUAUCCCAACUCGACUCUGUUAUCAUAGCCCCACCUGGGCCCUUGGAAGGUGAUGGCCAGACUUUGUCUCACCUUCAGCCUGCCUGGGAGGAGCUGGAAUCUCUGGUCAGGAGCCAGAAAAUUGCUGCCAUAGGCACGUCUGACCUGGACAAAGACCUACUGGAACAGCUCUACAACUGGGCUCAGGUAAAGCCCAGCAGUAAUCAGGUGAACCUGGCCUCCUGCUGUGUGAUGCCCCCUGACCUGACAGCCUUUGCUAAGGAGUUUGACAUUCAGCUUCUCACACACAACGACCCUAAGGAGCUGAUGUCAGCAGCCACAUUCCAGGAAGCGGUGAAGGGGGGCCUUCAGGACCUACGGGACCAGGACAUCACUGACUGGAGGCUGGAGUGGGUCCUACGCUACUCCAUUAUAGUCAAGAGCAGGGGCAUAAUAAAGGCAAAGGGCUACCUUGUCAGUGCAAGGAAAGCUAGCCUCUAGGAGCCCCCACUGACCAAGAAGACGGAUGGAUAAAGCCAUUUUCUUCCUGUAUAAACACAGUAGAGGCUGCUUUCAUGACGGAAAAUGUUGGUUGCUUCAUCCUAAAGGGUCCUUAAACUUUUUCUGACUUGAAGUGCCUCUUCUCUCCAACUAUCCUCACUUCCAUUUUCUCCACUGUGUCUGUUUGAAUUCAGCUUUAAUCAGUCAGUCAGAAUUAAGAUUAUGAGAAGGUAAUGCAAAAGGAAAAAAGGAAGAUAAUUGUUCUUUCCAGUACAGAGCAAUUCAAAACAUUGUAAAAGAAAACGGUCUGAUUUUAUUCAUGAAGUAAGAUUGACUCUGCUGUAAAUAACACGGUUUGCAUUCCUCAGUUUAGAAAACGUAUGCACUAAUUGAAAUUCAACUUCAUAUGAGAUGUUUAUUUUAUGAUACUGAAAAAAAAUGACUUUUAACUGGUAAAGCAACAACUAUGUGAGUUUAUCUAACUUUGUUGUAUCACACAUUUUUUUUUCUGACCCUUAGAUGUUUUGGACGAUACAUUCAAAUGUUUACCCACCCUCAUGCUCAUGAGAUUAUUUGAGGGUGGAGAGUACAGCAAUACUGAAAUGCAGGGCAGGCUUAAGUCCUCAAUAUGCAUUGUUGUUGUAGCACUGGAAAGUCGAUGCAAAAGAGAUGUGAAGAUUUGUUAACUGCAAGGAAGACAUUUUUAUUGAGUCUCGGCUGUUUUUCAACAUGGGAUCUAGUUAAUCGAGCGAAGACAAGUUAUCUGUUGUACUGUAAACAUAUUUUAUGUUGUCAUUUAUCUGUAUAUCAUGAAUUGGCUUGAUUAAAAUAAUUAAAUUAA